AUGGCUAUUGAAGUGGGAAAUGGUAAAUGGCAUGGUUCAGUUGGUGGCAUAGUUUGUGCACCUAUUGACAAGGUUUGGACCUUGGUCUCUCAAACUAAAAGACUACCUGAAUGGAUGCCAAUGGUGGAAAGAUGCUCUUCUCUGGCUGGAGAUGAAGAUGAACCGGGCUAUGUUAGGCUAGUUUCAGGUUUCAUGUUUCCUCAAGAAGACGGAGAAAGGUCAUGGAUCAAGGAGAGGUUGGUUUCGCUGGACUCAUCAUCGCAUAGCUAUGCUUACAGAAUGGAAGCUAGCAAUGUAGGUUUAGAUGGAUCUAUGAACUCACUUAAACUGGUCGACUAUGGGGAUGAAUCAACUUUAAUUCACUGGUCUUUCGGGAUAAACCCUUUAGAAGAUGUAUCUGAGGGGAGCAUAGUGGAUUAUCUUGGAUUUCUCUACAAAUCUUGCAUCAAUAAGAUUGAGGGUGCCAUAGAAGCUGAAUCAAGAAAUGUUUCACCUGCAUAG